CAGAGAGCAAAGCCCUGACCCGGUCCCUCUGAAUUGAAUAUGCACCGUCUCACCUGAAGCCUCUCCACCAGCUUGAGUAAAGACCAGGGCCGAUGAAAGGAUGGAAGGAUGGAAGAGCAGCACUCCUGCUGCCGGUUGCCCUGCUGCUGCCCUGGGCAUGCAGCUGCCUGGCACUGACAUGUGGCCGAAACAUGUGGGACAAAUCUGAGAAGUCAGAAGCUUUGGGAAUCAUAGGUGGGGAACCUGCAGACAUUGUAGAUUUCCCAUGGCAUGUGAGUAUUCUUGACCAAGGGCGACAUCUCUGUGGAGGAUCGAUCCUCAGUGAGUGGUGGGUUCUAACUGCGUCCCAUUGCUUCAUAAACAAAAAUAAAUCUACCUUGGAGGUCAAACACGGUCAAGGAUUCUUUAACACCAAGAACUUGAGGAAGAUGCAAGUGGACAAGCUAAUUACUCACCCUUAUUUUGACAGCUGGCUCUUGGAUAAUGACAUCGCUCUCCUCUUGCUCAAAUCCCCACUCAACUUGAGUGCCAGUGAAGCACCCAUCUGCCUUUCAGAGGUCACUGACAUACAGAGGUGGAGAAACUGCUGGGUGACUGGAUGGGACAUUGCUGCUCCAAUGCAAGGUGUGAAUGCAGAGCUGCAUAAAGUCAACACUGAGCUGGUCAAAUGGAACAUGUGCUCUGAAGUGAUGUCUAUGCUCACCAAGAACAUGCUGUGUGCUGGGAAUCCUCAAGGUGGGAAGGACGCCUGCCAGAGUCCAGAAGUCCAAACUCACGGCAUCAGCAGGGCCAUGCUCAGGCUGGAGGCUCUGGCGGGGGAUCCUUCCCUACCUUUUCUGGCUUCUCAUCCUUGCCGACAAUCCGUGGCAUCCCUUGGUUUGUGUCUGCAUCACUCCAAUCUCUGCCUCAGUCUUCACAUGGACUUCUCCCCUGUGUGCGUGUCUCUUCUGUUUUCUUUUCUUAUAAGGAUUUCAGUCAUUGGCUUAGGGCCCACCCUAAUCCAGUAAGAUUUCAUCUUAAUUUAACUAAUUACGUUUGCAAAGACCCUAUUUCCAAAUGAGGUCACAUUCUGAGGUUCUGGGUGGACGUGAAUUUGAGAGGGCUGCUAUUCAACUCAGUACAGAUGCUCUGUAACCAAAGGGAGGCAGUGCAGGGUGAUGGUUUGGGGUGCAGGCUCCCCUAGCCUCCCUCCCAGCUCCUCUACUUAUUACCUGUGACUUCCCUCUGUGCCUGUGCCUUUUCAGGUUUCCUCAUCUGUAAAACGGAAAUACUAAGAGUUCCUCCCUUUUAGGUCUGCUGUGAAAAUCAAGCGAAUCAAACGCACAAAGGCACUUAGAACCACAUGGAGGAGAGGAGGGUCAAAGUAAAUCUUAGCAAUAUCAUUUUCUCCAUCACCAUCUCUUACACCUGCUCAAUGCUCAAUAGCAUACAAACUGUUUCCACAAAUAUUACAUGAAAGGGUUAUAAAUUAGCCCUAGGAAGCAGGCCUAUUUCAGAUGGAGAAACUGAGGAUCAGUGAAGCUGACAGCCUUGCAGAGGACACACCAGCAAGAUAAAUAACACACCAGAGUUCUAAUGAAGGGAACUGACUUCUGGGGUUAGGGCCAUCUUUUGAGUUCCAGGAGAAAUGGGGCUCCAAAUCCAGCAGCUCAGCCUGACCACGUGCAGAUUCGCCUGUUCAACAAAAAUUCACAAAAAUGCUGGGAGCUCACUGAGUAGAGGCUUACCACGUGAGAGGGAGGUACAAUUAUUGUGGGAGAGGUACAAUUAUUCUCAUCAGCGUAAAAACUGAGCCCUGAAAUGCUGAAGAAAAUUUUUCACAUUCUCUCAGCUAGAUAUUCACCGGGGGCUUUAACUCCGGAAGUUUAAGUUCUUAACUGGGCUGCUAUUCUGCCCAACAUCUUUCACGUAGAUCCCCUCAUCUCCAGGGAAGCGAUUACAAUUCUUUAAAGAAAGGUCAUGGGACUUUCCAAUGACUUCAAGGAAUUUGGUAAAGAAUAAUUUUGUUCAAAGUAAGUUGAUGGGCAUAGCAAUUUGUUCAUGAUAACCACAAUCUGGUUGGAAAAAAAAUCAAAUAAACCCAUAGCCAGUUUUUUGGUUUUUUUGUUUAUUUGUUUUGUAUUUGGAUUUUUGGCACAUCUUUGAAUGGUGCUUCUUUUCAACAUUUUUGUAUGUCACUUAAUAUUUUCAAAAAUAAAUCUUUGUAAGCUGUGAAGCAAUAUGUACUGCCUGACCCUAUUUCUGUAAAAUAAUAGCGAUGGAUGCAUAUUUGCAUACGCAAGGAUGUAGGAAGUUAUAGUUGACUAAGGAGUUGCCUCUGAUGGUUGGAGUCAGAAAUGUUUAUUUCGUUUAUUUAUAUGAGUACGUGGUAAAGAAGAGGCAAGUGGUACAGAUGGGUGUACAGUGAGGAGGCAGUUUACCUCUAACAUUUGUUCUCCGGUUCACUCCCCAGAGAAGCCAUUGUUACUGUGUUACCAUAUCUUACCGGAAAUAGUCUUUUCACACACAAUCAUGUGUGUUUAUAUAUAAAUUUACUUAUCUAUACAAUUAUGGGUAUUCUUCAUGUUCUUUUCCCAUAUCUGAGUUUUCUGAUUUUUUUUGAUGAAGAUACGUUAUUCUUUAACAGAAUUUUAAAAAUGGCCCAGGAGCUUUGGGGGCAUGAAAGGCAGUAUAUGUUUUCCUCGAUUUUUGUGUCAAUGAUGUCUGUUCCGCUUACUCAUACUUAUUUGGCAAUCUUUUUCAAGAUGUUUUAAAAUUUGUAAGCUGUUUAAAAUUUAAUGUUUUAAACCACAAUACAAUAUUUCGAUAUCAUUUUUAUAUUUUUUGCAUUUUGUAUAUGUCAGUUUGUAUGCCUGCUAUAUUCAACCAAUGACCUAUGAUGAGGCAUAAUGGAUUUUUGUUUUUGUGUUUUACUUUGCU